CUACCGUAGUCUCCACAGGACAAACGCCUCCGUGGCGCUGUCCUCUCUCCCUCUGCUCCGUUCUCUGCUUGAACCCUCUCUGACUCUGAGCGGUGGAAUGGAAUGGAAAAAGGGAGGGAAAUCAAACAAAACGCUCCUUAAUAAAACCCUAAAAACAGAAAAGCAAACAUUGUGACUUGUUUUUACUUCAUGACAUGUUGUCACAUUCCAUUUUCCUUCUUCAAAAUUUGUUCUUCCUUUGAACCCCUCAAAGUCAAACCUGCUUCUAUGGCGAGACUGCUUCGGAACACUUCCCUUCUCACACGCUCCCUAUUCUUCCCUAAGGUCUUUAAACUAGGAAUGAUUGGCACUUCUCAGAUUUUGAGCUUCUCGUCUAAAGGUAGAAGGCGCUCUAAAUCUGAUGGAAGUGACUCAGGUGAAGAGAACAUGUCUAAGAAAGAGUUGGCCCUUCAGCAAGCUCUUGAUCAGAUCACUUCCGCAUUUGGAAAGGGAUCCAUCAUGUGGCUUGGUCGUUCUGUCUCACCAAAAAAUGUACCUGUUGUGUCUACUGGUUCUUUUGCUCUUGAUGUAGCACUAGGAAUUGGUGGUCUUCCAAAGGGACGUGUUGUGGAAAUAUAUGGUCCAGAGGCUUCUGGAAAAACAACUCUUGCUUUACAUGUGAUUGCAGAGGCACAAAAGCAAGGAGGCUAUUGUGUCUUUGUCGAUGCCGAGCAUGCCCUUGAUAAGACACUGGCAGAGUCUAUUGGUGUGAAUACAACGAACUUGCUUCUCUCCCAACCUGAUUGUGGUGAACAAGCACUAAGUCUUGUGGAUACCUUAAUCCGUAGUGGUUCAGUUGAUGUAGUUGUUGUUGACAGUGUGGCUGCUCUUGUUCCUAAAGGUGAGCUUGAUGGUGAAAUGGGUGAUGCUCACAUGGCAAUGCAGGCUAGGUUGAUGAGCCAGGCUCUUCGAAAAUUGAGCCAUGCCUUGUCACUUUCUCAAACUAUAUUAAUUUUUAUAAACCAGGUGAGGUCAAAGAUUUCAACUUUUGGGGGAUUUAGUGGGCCUACUGAAGUUACUUGUGGUGGGAAUGCAUUGAAAUUCUAUGCUUCAGUGCGGCUAAAUAUCAAGAGAAUAGGGUUUGUCAAGAAGGGUGAAGAGAUUUUAGGAAGUCAGGUUCUUGUCAAGGUUGUGAAGAACAAGCUUGCCCCUCCAUUUAAAACUGCCGAGUUUGAGCUUCAAUUUGGCAAAGGUAUAUGUAAAGAAACAGAGAUUAUAGACUUGAGCGUAAAUCACAAACUCAUCUCAAAGGCUGGUGCCAUGUUUUACUAUAACGAACAUAGUUUCCGUGGUAAGGAUGCCCUAAAGAAUUUUCUGGCCGAGAAUCGAAGUGCAUUAGAAGAACUUGAAAUGAAGCUCAGGGAGAAGCUUCUUAAUGCUGAGACAGAAAAGAUGCAAGAGUCGGAUGUAAUUAAUGGAUAUGUUACCGAAGAAAUUGCAACAGUUGAUUCUACUAAUGACAAUGUUACAGAAAAAAUUGCAACAGUUGAUUCUACUGAUGAAGAAGCUGCAGCUAUUGUUGAAGCAUGAUUUUGUGGAUGAACAUAAAUUAUGGAUCUCCCUAUUUUCCCUGCCUCAAUCUGGACCCUGUGAUUCAUAUAUGUCGUAGUUUGAUGAAUUGGCCCUAAAAUGGUCCAUUCAAACGAAGGUCUUAAGAAGCAAUUCAUGGCCGAAUGCUUCUAGUUUGGAAUAUCAUUCUUGCUUGCGGUCAAAUGAUUAAGUCAUUAUACUACCUGUAAAUUGAAAUUUUCGGUCAUUUUAUAUAGGCCUAGUCGUAUGGCACAUGUAAAUUGAGAAUGAAAUGGACCAACUGCAUAGGAAGCUAGGUACUAGGUACUCGAGUGUUGAGUCAUGGCCAACCAAUUAUUUGUAAGGAUUAUGUUAUGCAAUUUGUAGAAUGAUGCAUACGUUUCUCAUAAAUCAAUUUGUGUAUUGUGUUUUAAGAUAAAA